AUGUUAUGUAAACCGCCCUUCAAACACAUAAAGACAAAGGGGAAGGUGAAGAGAUUACGUAAUCAGUCUAAACCACCGAUGAGGAGGAAGCUUGAUGCAAGGAGAGAUGAACAAGAAUCAGCAGCAAGCGGGAAAAUAGUUACAAAACAUAUGAAUAAAGUCUUGAGGAGAAAUCCUAGAGCCAAUGUAAAUCUGUCAUCCAAAAAGAAACGAAAGCUUAUGAAGGGCCGAAUGCAUGCAGAACGGGAGGCCAAUGAGAUGACAGUUGAAGUAGAGACGACACCAAGUGAGAAGCCCACAAAGCAAGCUAAAUCCAAGAAGUCUUCACCAGGUGAUGAUGUAGAGAUGAUGGAGACAUGACAUAAUGUACAUCAACAAAGGGACUAUCCUUAGACUGUCUUUGUCAUUGCCAAACUGACCUCCUUAGUUUUUCAAAUCUGUCAAGAAUCUGAUUUAACCAUUGAUCAACCACCAUGCUCAUUAUAUUGCUCCACGUUUAAUGACUUUGACAAGGGACUGGUCAUAUGUCACAACACUGUCGGUAAUCAGAAGAUUGGAGAACAGUGUAAUUCCUAUUAAAUACUCCUUUUCCACAGUGGUCAUGUUUAAAUUGCUUAUUGCUCAACGUUUGGCAACUUCACAAGGAUUGUACAUCACAGCGUCAUCAGUGUUCAUAAAAUAUGUCUUUGAUAUACUCAUUAGGGAAUUUACAAUUUACAAUUCACUAUGGUAUCUUUGGAGCCCGGGGGGCCACUUCCAUUGACGAGUGGAUACCAUGCGCGACCACGGGGUCUCGAAAAGCACCCUAAACACAUAUUUUCCAUGUUCUGAAAAUGCACCCCUUAACAAGUAUAGGCGUCUCAAACCCUACCCUUAAAAAGUAUUGGAAACAAAACUAUACUCUUGGCAAGUAUUCCCUGAAAUGAACCCCUAAACAAGUACAGCGAUAUUUUAUUGUUGUGUCACGGGUCCGUCGGUCGUAGUUUACCUAAUUUACACACCAUUUGGUUUAGCCUAGACCCCAUCUUCCUCACCUCGUGCAAAUCGGGACUCUAAACACGUAGUGUUGGGGCAAAAAGGACAUCCUUUAUACAACAUUUUAAUUUUGUUUUAUCAUCCCCGCAAAUUUGACCCUAAACACGUAGCUUCCCUAGCGAAAUAGAUACCCUUUUUUCAUUAUUUUUGUGUUUUUGACACCCUUAUCACGUUACGUACGUAACGUGCCCUAUCUUGAAAAAGACAUCCUUUUUACGUGUUUUUUUGGUCGCGCAUGGUAUCCACUCGUCAAUGUAAGUGGCCCCCCCCCCCGGGCUUUGGAGCUACUUGUAGCUCAAGGAACAGCCUGAUAACAAUGAUGAUUAUUCGUAUCAUUAUUGUAAUUAUACUUGCUUAACACUUGUUUUAUCAAUAUCAGAAGGCUCUAAGCACACACUACAUAAUGAUGCAUAAUUACCUCACUUGGGUUGAGUGCAGCACAUCAUGAACCAAGUGUUUGAUUCCCAUUAAGAACUCCUAUACCACAUUUCACCUUUGCCAUUUUUCUUGACAUUAAUCAGACAAAGUACCAUUGUUUUUUUUAACAGGACAAGGCUGCCCUUCAGUCACAUAGCAUACAUGUAUGUUCAAUGGCAUAUCAGUGGUUAUAAUUGCGAGGUUAGCUAAAAUGUGGAUACUCAACACGUAUUUGGGAUUCAUUUUGUGUCUUAUUUUCAUUUUUUAAAAUGUGAACAAGGGGUCUUUCUGUGCUAAAAUAAUAAUACUUCUUCAUCUCUGAAACAAAAUUCCUUCAGUAAAUGUGUAUACUAUUACCUCCUAUCAUUAGACAUGUCCAUUUUGUUAUCCUUAAAGGAGAAUGAAACCCUUGGAGAAAGUUAGCUUGUGUGAAAGCAGAAAAAUUAAAGAAUGCUCAGAUCAAUGAAAGUUUGAGUAAAAUUGGGCAAGUAAUAAGAAAGUUAUGAGCAUUUGAAUGUCAAGAUCACUAAUGCUAUGGAGACCCUCCUAUCGGCAAUGCCACCAAGAUCUGUGAUGUCACAGAUGAACAACUCUCCCCUUUGGACACUGAAAAUUUACCCUAAAAUAUAUCAUUUUGCUCAUUCUAAUGGUAUGACAAACAAUUUAUCCAUGAUAUAAUGUUGUGAAACCUCUGUACGUGUCCUCUCAUUAAAAAGGAACACCUCAUCUUGCAAAAGACUCUAUAAACGAGAUAAUUUAAGCGAAAUAAGUAUUAAAGUAAUGGGGCGGAGUUGUGCGUGUGUAACAUCACAGAUCUUGGUCGCAUUGCCAAUGGGAGGAUCUACAUGGCAUUAGUGAUCUCAAUAUUCAAAUGCUCAUAACUUUCUUAUUAUUCAUUCAAUCUUGCUCAAACUUUCAACAAUAUGUUUCUUUGACUUUUCACUUUGAUAUGAAUUCAACCGGUUUCUGGGGUUUCGUUCUCCUUUAAAUGGGGAUUUUUAUUAUGUUUUGGACCUACCCAAGCACUAUAACUUCAAUUAAGCAAUUUAAUGUCAUUAUUUGUAAAUUGUUAUUUCAUAUGGGGAAUGCAUGGACGAGCAAAAUAAAAUUACUUUUUUUUGAAAAAUGGUCAUGAUCAUAAUUUUAAAAUUUCAUGAUUUCCAAGCUAUUACUUCAUUUCGAAUGGCAUACCAUUGGUUGGUUGGAAGCCAGUUUUGUAGACUGUGACAUGUGAUAUCUUCAAAGAAGGAGGCCUCAGCGUAUAAGCCUAUACGUUUUGUUCUAUGUCACUAACUUGUAUUUCAACUUCCCGUAAGGUUUUAUAAUUUUACUCAUAAAUUGUAUCAUAAUAAAAAAGGUAUGAAAAAUGCA